GCCCGGAGCUCCGCGAUGGAGAUGGCAGAGGCGGAAUUGCACAAGGAGAGGCUGCAAGCCAUAGCUGAAAAAAGAAAGAGGCAGACAGAAAUAGAAGGCAAACGACAGCAGCUUGAGGAGCAGGUACUCCUGCUGCAGCAUUCCAAGUCCAAAGUGCUUCGGGAAAAAUGGCUGCUGCAGGGUAUCCCCGCAGGAACGGCCGAGGAGGAGGAAGACAGGCGGCGGCAGUCUGAGGAGGAUGAGUUCAGAGUCAAGCAACUCGAAGAUAACAUUCAGAGGCUGGAGCAGGAAAUACAAGCUCUUGAAAGUGAAGAGUCCCAGAUAUCCGCCAAAGAGCAAAUCAUCCUAGAGAAGCUAAAGGAGACAGAAAAAUCCUUCAAGGACUUUCAGAAGAGCUUGUCCACCGCGGAUGGAGCUGUGUACGCCAUGGAAAUUAAUGUGGAGAAAGACAAACAAACAGGAGAGACCAAGAUUCUCUCUGCAUCUACGAUUGGCCCAGAGGGGGUCCAUCAGAGAGGAGUCAAAGUCUAUGAUGAUGGUACCAAAGUAGUGUAUGAGGUACACUCGGGAGGCACCAUAGUAGAAAAUGGAGUGCACAAAUUAAGUGCAAAGGAUGUCGAAGAGCUUAUUCAGAAGGCUGGACAAUCAAGCUUAAGAGGAGGGCACGUGUCAGAGAGAACUGUGGUUGCAGAUGGGAGCCUCAGCCACCCUAAGGAAUACAUGCUCUGCAAAGAAGCCAAGUUAGAAAUGGUUCAUAAGUCUAGGAAAGAUCAUGCCUCUGGGAACCCAGGGCAACAGCCCCAAGCCCCCAGCACAGAAGAACCAGAGGCAAACUUGGAUCAGCCAGUCACCAUGAUUUUUAUGGGCUACCAAAAUAUCGAGGAUGAAGAGGAGACUAAGAAGGUGCUAGGCUAUGAUGAAACCAUCAAGGCUGAGUUGGUCCUCAUUGAUGAAGAUGACGAGAAGUCAUUGAGAGAGAAGACAGUGACAGAUGUGUCCACCAUUGAUGGGAACGCAGCUGAGCUUGUGUCUGGGAGGCCGGUAUCGGACACCACAGAACCUUCAUCCCCAGAAGGGAAGGAAGAGAGCCUGGCCACCGAGCCAGCCCCAGGAGUUGGGUGGCAGAGUGUGCUGCUAAAGGGAGAGGAGUCAGCUUCCAGUGCUGCAGAAACCUUCGGCUCAGACAUGACUAUCAAGAAGCCUCCCCAGCUUUCCGAGGAUGAUGUCCAACUAAAAAGUGAGCGAGACAACGGUAGUCACCUCGUAGACGCUGCUACCGGCUCUUUUACCCUGGAUCACAAAAACAUGGAAAUUGAGGUGUCCAUGACAGAAUGUAGUAAAAGUGUUCCCGGAAUCACCUCCACUCCCCAUUCCAUGGACCACCCUUCCCCUUUCUAUUCACCCACACACAAUGGCCUCCUCACACAUCACCAUGAAUCCCUGGAUAAUGAUGUGGCCAGAGAGAUCCGAUAUCUAGAUGAGGUAUUGGAAGCCAACUGCUGUGAUUCUGCCGUGGAUGGAACUUACAACGGAACAUCCUCCCCUGAGCCUGGUGCAACGAUCCUUGUGAGCAGCAUAAGUCCACCUGCUCACCUAGCCGCCCAGCCUGAUCCUGCCAAGAGAUCAGGAAGGCAGGCUCCUCCUCACAUUGAGCUCAGUUGCUGCCCCUCUGACACCAUGGCAGAGGAGGAAAGGGCGAACGGCCACUCUCCUGACCAGCUCCAAGACACACUAGGGGACAGCCUGCAAGCACCUGUGAGCCCCAGCUCCUCCACCAGCUCUCGCUGCUCUUCCCGAGAUGGGGAGUUCACACUCACCACACUGAAGAAGGAGGCCAAGUUUGAGCUGCGUGCCUUCCACGAGGACAAGAAGCCCUCCAAGCUCUUCGAGGAGGAUGUGCGUGAGAAGGAGCAAUACUGUAUCCGGAAAGUGAGGCCUUCAGAAGAGAUGCUGGAGCUGGAGAAAGAGAGACGGGAGCUCAUCAGGAGUCAGGCCAUGAAGAAGAAUCCCGGCAUUGCAGCGAAGUGGUGGAACCCACCCCAGGAGAAAACCAUCGAGGAGCAGCUGGAUGAAGAGCAUCUGGAGUCACACAAAAAGUACAAGGAGCGCAAGGAGAGAAGGGCACAGCAGGAGCAGCUGUUGUUGCAGCAGCAGCAGCAGCAGCAGCAGCAGCAGCAGCAGCAGCAGCAGCAGGCACUGCCCCCAGCACAACUCUGCACACCACCACCUUCCUCUCAUGAUUGUCCCGAUGGGACUGAAAAGGCAAAGGAGGACAUCGUCACGGAGCAGAUCGACUUCUUAGCGGCACGCAAACAGUUCCAGCUGAUGGAGAAUUCCAGGCAAGCGGUGGCCAAGGGACAGAGUACACCUCGGCUAUUCUCUAUCAAGCCUUUCUACAGACCUCUGGGGUCCAUCAACUCAGAGAAGCCAACAACCAUCCCGAGGCCAGCCUGUAUGGUGGGAUCUCCGGAAGAGAGCGGUGUAUCGGCAGCCAAGGGGCAGAAAGCGCCCGGAGUGCUGGAGACCCAGCCAGGUGGAGGAGGCCCGGCCACCGCCACCCCUCAGGGAAAGGAAGGGCCCUACAGUGAGCCCUCCAAACGUGGGCCCUUAUCGAAACUGUGGGCAGAGGAUGGAGAUUUUACGAGCGCCCGCGCUGUCCUCACUGUGGUCAAGGACGACGACCAUGGAAUUUUGGAUCAGUUUUCAAGGUCGGUCAAUGUUUCUUUGACCCAAGAAGAGCUUGACUCAGGUUUGGAUGAGUUGUCAGUUAGGUCCCAGGACACCACCGUCCUGGAGACCCUGUCCAAUGACUUCAGCAUGGACAACAUCAGUGACAGCGGUGCCUCCAAUGAGACAACCAAUGCCCUCCAGGAAAACUCGCUGGCUGAUUUCUCUCUGCCUCCGACCCCACAGACAGAUAACCCCUCUGAGGGCCGGGAAGUGGUCUCUAAGUCAUUUAGCGAUCAUGGCUUCUAUUCCCCCUCUUCUACCCUGGGAGAUUCUCCAUCUGCGGAUGACUCCCUGGAAUAUCAGGCAGGUCUUCUGGUGCAGAAUGCCAUUCAGCAAGCCAUAGCCGAGCAGGCAGACAAGGCUGUGCCCGAAACCAGCAAAGAUGGAGUGGAACGGCAGGGACCAGAAACGACUCUGGAGGAAACGGAAGCCAAGGCCCCCAGCUCGGAGAAGCCUCAGAGCACCUUUGAGCCUCCUCAGGUGUCCUCUCCUAUGCAAGAGAAGAGGGAUGUAUUACCAAAGAAUCUACCUGCACAGGACAGGGUGCUCACGGAAAGGGGCCCCUCCCAGCUGCCGCCAGCUGUGCCGCCCAGUGGCCCCAUCGACAUGGAGGAGACCAGGCCCGAAGGGGGCUAUUUCAGCAAGUACUCAGAGGCGGCUGAGCUGAGAAGCACGGCGUCCCUCCUGGCCACUCAAGAAUCUGACGUGAUGGUUGGGCCCUUCAAGCUGAGGUCAAGGAAGCAGCGGACUUUGUCCAUGAUCGAGGAAGAAAUUCGAGCUGCCCAGGAGCGGGAAGAGGAGCUGAAGCGGCAGAGACAAGUGCUGCAGAGCGCCCCAAGCCCCAGGACCAAGACUGCCCCGUCACUGCCCUCCAGAACCUCCUGCUACAAAACCGCCCCAGGGAAAAUAGAGAAAGUCAAACCUCCUCCAUCCCCCACAACUGAAGGCCCCGGCUCGCAGCCUGACUUAACCCCCGAAGAGGCUGCCGGAACCCAGCGGCCCAAGAAUCUGAUGCAGACCCUCAUGGAAGACUAUGAGACACACAAGUCUAAAAGGCGCGAGAGAAUGGAUGAUAGUAGUUACACCUCUAAGUUACUGUCUUGCAAGGUGACUUCCGAGGUCCUUGAGGCCACACGAGUAAACCGAAGAAAGAGCGCUCUGGCUUUGCGCUGGGAGGCGGGAAUCUAUGCCAACCAGGAGGAAGAAGACAACGAGUAAACAUCCUUUGGCCCAGGAAGCUUCUUUGGUGCUUGGGAUACCAAGAAACCAAGAAAUUCUCAAAUCAAAGCAUUUUAAUGGACUAUUUAUUAAAGUGCACACAAACUCAGCAAUCCUUAUGUAGACCCGAAGCUGCAAUACACAAUGAUGAAAAAAUAAAGUGAAAAGACAGUCCACCCAUCAAACUCUUGAGUGAAACCCAGGAGUCAUAAGAGAAAAAGAUUUCUCUGGGACUCCAAGAAGACUCUCUCGGAUUCAUUAGUCCGUGUUCUAUCCAAAAGAGCAAAGGCAGUGCAAGCAAAUCAACACAGUUGCUGUCGGCCUGAUGGCUGGUGGGGACACGCAGUAGAGAUAGGGCCACUCAGAGAGCAGCGGCUGUGCGGUCGACACCGCAUAGCAUGUUUCUCUGACAAUUCCUUGCUCAUGACAUCAGAGGUGUUGGGUUGACCAUGUUUUUUUUUCCCCAGCUGCCAUGAAAUCGGUGGUGUUUCUCUCUAUAGUUGUCCAAAAGAGGCAGCUGUGAUUCGGUUUCUCUUACACAUCUUUUUAAUUGGAAACAGUGAAUGAUUGCAAUACAUGAAACCUGUAUUUCUAAGACAGCCACAUUGCAGAUGUGACCUAUUCUGCAAGAGGAGGCUGAGAAAGGUGGGGGAAGAAAGCCAAACCAAAUGAAUUGUUUUAGCUUUAGGAUUUUGUCUGCUUGUCCUGUUGACUGAGCUGCAGUUUAGGAGAACACAUUUUCAUAAUUAUGUUUCUUCAUAUGAAAACUAUAUUUAGUGGACAACUAUUUUUAUGAUGGGAUGGGGUACAUGAACAUGGAUAAGAUCUACACAUUGAACUGCUUUGUCAAGAUGGUAGGGGUAUUUUUAGAGUGGCAAUAAUUGAAAAAAGGGGAAACUCUGACUCAAGAGAGGUAGACGAUAAGAAAUACAAAGGUGUUUAUAGCUAUUUUGUAUUAUAAAGUGGGCCUUAUAGAGGUAAUAGGGAGAACGAUAGCUUGUUUUGAAUCAAUCAGAAGGGAAACUAGAGUCAUGAAGGUAGGAAAAGAAAAAGGAAGGGUGGGUAAAGAGUAGAGAAAAGACGUUUAAGAGAGAUUAUUUUUGCUGAGCAACCAGUGUUUUUCAGGGUGAUAGAGAAAAUUAUAGAAAUUUUAAGUGCAGGCUUGGAACCAGUUACAAAUCCUAAAGAUGGGGUAUAUAUGUGUACACCUUUGUGCAUUUGUGUAGUGUAUGUUCACAAGGGUGUGUGUGUGUGUGUGUGUGUGUGUGUAUGUGUGGCUAGAUUUCCAGAUGGGUUAUGGCACCUGGGUGUACAGUUAUUUCCUCCAAAGCUGUUCACCAGCUUCAGGAGUGAGUGAGAAUUUCUUUUUUAUGAAAAGGGAUAUAGAAGCACCGCUAAUGCAGUAUUUGUAAUAUUAAAUUGACCUGACGUGGUAUUUGCAUGAGUCGCAAUUGCAGAGUUUUAAGCAGUUUUGUAAUUUGACAUGUAGGGAUGUAUCCUAUUUAUUCUCAUUCCUUGUACCCAUGCUGCGUAUAUCAUGGAAGACGCCAGCUGUCCUCUUUCUGUCACUUAAAGCAAUAUAAUGAGGGCGUUCACUAGCGAGGUGCCCUGCAUUUCUGGAUGAGAAAAAUGUUCAGUAUCUGGCCAUGAGAAAGACAAAUGAAAACAAAAAGAAAGAUAUCAAAAAGCAACUAACUGGCCUUCUUCUUGUUUCUUUUGUUUUAAGAUAAUUUUUUUUUUAAACAAAGCAAUAAUUGAAUCAGACCUCACUAAAAUUCAUAUUUGUUUUCAUACUAUUACAUCACAAGCUCUAAUAUGUUAUUCUACUAAGGAGCAGUUCCGCAGUAUUUGUAAGUAGUGUUACACUCAUUGUGUUUGCCUUUCUAUCAGACUAGUGUUGACUUUGGGGGCAAGGUUAUUUACAGACAAGUGGUGAGCACCGAGUCCAGUGGUGGAACUGUUUGAAACGCAUACGGAAGCUUUGAAGUUGCCAAGGGCCUGGAAUUUGAUGCCAGAUUCUUCAGACAGUGGCCAAACGUGCCCAUGGGCUCUUGGUAUCUUCUCUAGGUGGCUAGUUCUCCUGAAUAUUUAGCAAAAUGCUAGUAACUUGGGAGACAAAACAAGUAAUAGCCCUGCUUCAAGGAAUUCAUCUGAUAGUGAGGGAGACCGGCAGGGAGACAAACACUCCCCAAAAAAUAACAUCCAAGCCCUGCCAGGGGAAACAGGAGCGCUCAGGAAGGAGGAGGACCACCUGUCUUUGAGGAUUUCCAGCUGGAGGUCCCAGGUGCCUGGGCUGAGGGCACGAUGAUGGUGUGUUCCCCAGGGCGACUCAGGUGAGGAUGAUAGAGGCAGCCAGCAGGCUGUGUGGCCCUGGGACGAGGAGGGCUGGAGGGCUGGAGUGCUCUGUGGGAGGCACAGCGAGUCAAGCGCACUCCCGAGUUGGACUGACAGAUCUCUGGAGACCACAGGCGUGCUGAGGACUCCCUCCAACGUUUUCCACAAGAGAAGACCAGCUUCACGACUCACUCCUUUUCUUUCUAUUUGGAAAGGAGCCUUAUACAUGCAUGAAAGCUACAGUUGAAAAGAAGAUUGGCAGCAGAAGACAAAGUUAGGAUGCCACCCAGUCCAUGGCAUCGCCUUGGAGGCAGAUGGGGUGCCCUUUGAUGGUACUUGAAGAAAAGGAAACAUGUUACUUAAGGAAUAACAGAGUUACAGGCCUGGGGUCCUGUGGGGCCGUGUUCCACGUAUAGAUGAGGAAGCAAAUUUAAGAUUUCUUGGUUCCUCCCCCAGUUACAAAGCCGUUCUAUAUUUCCAACUUUUGCUAGUUCCCCUAAACUGCCUUCGGGUUAUGCUAUUUCCUUGCUCCACACACGGAUACUCCCAUUCUAUUCCUGUAAGAUGGAAAUUCAUUUCCCUCGAGAGCCAGAUUUUCUGUCUCUUGAGAUUUCUAUCCUUCAGGACCCAUGGGGCCACCGCUUUGGGCAUAGCACUGUGCUAGACUCUAGGAUCCCACAUGAACCCCUGUAGCUUUCUGAAGGUGGGACAGACCCUUGGAGAAAAGCCCUCCCUGUCUAUCCAUAG